GCCUUGUGGCCCUUUUCUUCCGUAUUAGUUUUUAAACAAGCUAUUUCUGCUAAACAAGCAUCUUUGGAGUCUGCAUCUUUGGAGUCUGCAUCUUUGAGGCCGUAGGAAGCUUAGCGAAUAUACAGACAGCAUUGCGUUUCCAGCUCAGUGUGCUGGAGCCGCUGCAACCUCAACCUGCCUGGCUAUCGUCGACGCUAGUCUGGAAUACGUUUCAAGACAGGCGCAGGUUUCUAUGUGUGCUGACGCCUCGACUGUCGUCUGAAUCUGGGACUCAAGACAUUCCUCAAACAUCCAAUAAUGUCGCAAGAGUCACAAAAGAGGUGGCCAUAAAUAUGAGGGAGUUUUAAAGUAUGCAUACCAAGUAGCGAAGCUCUGACUAAGAGUUCAGCUCCAAUCAUUUGCUGAACACGGCAUUGGUGGUCACCAGCGACUAAUAAUUGCUAGCUGCUAUUGCUCCGCUGUCCACCUUUUGGCGCGCUUGACGCGCUGGGCUCUGCCGCUUUGGGCCUUAAGUUAGCCUUCAAAUGAAAGCGCAGAGCUGCAACCCAUGAAGACCAGCAGUGUGGUUGACAGCUUUCCUAUCCAGAUCUGCCACAGCCCGCAAUACGUAGCGGUUGCUGUCAUGGGAGACCAGCUUACCGGAAAGAAGAGGAGUCCUCCGAUCGUUGGCGCCACUCUAGUUCUGACCGCUUUCCUUGUGUACUUGCUUAUGGGGGGCCGGCCGCCAGGUACCUUCGAUCAGGUAUCGCACAAAAUGCAUGCACUUCUCCAGUCUGCCACCGCACUGUCAGAAACAAGGAGCGAGUUUGCGCCGGAGUGGGCCACAAUAUGCCAGGACGACUUUUGUCUCGAGGGGCCGAACCUCAAGCAGGCUUGCGUCAUGCAGCCGAGCCACUUCUUCCUCCACAUGCCUGGAGCAAGCCGAUUCAAGUGCUACGGACGAGCGGCGGGCCCGGCGGGCAUCUUUCAGCUGGACAUGACGGUCGUGGAUCAGGGGACGGUGCGGGUUGACUUCACGCCACAGCAGGAAGGGGUUUAUAAGCUAUGGAUCUCGUCCGACUUGGUCCUCCCAUGGAUCCCCUCCGAGCGCCCAGUCUCUUCCAUCUUCACCCCCUGGCUCCACCAGCAAACCCUCCCCAUGCCCCAAACCCUCGACUUAACCGUCCUCCCAAACCCGAAAACCCCUGUCCGGGGAUGCAAGCCGUGCCGAGGCCCCGGGGUUGGCACGCUGCCCGGGCAAUGGGUUAACCGGACGGAGCUAACCCGGGUUUGUGGGGCAAACGUGCUCGGGGCGAUGGAGGAGUGGGUGGAUGACGACUUCGUUUGGGCCGCAAGGGAGUGCACGUUCCCGUUUUACUCGCGCGCCGAAUUUUUGGAGCACUUUGCGGGGGCGAGCAUCCUGCUGGCCGGGGAUUCGACGUUCCGAGGUCAUUUCACCGACCUUCAGAAUUGGCUCUGGUACGGGAACGGUCCGGAGACGCUUCAGGGCCCGUAUGAGACGUACGGAGAAGGAAGCGGUACAUAUGCCAGCUCCUGGGACGACCACGUGUCGAGCUUCAAUACGCCGCUGUGGGGCUUCCGUCACGACAUGCUGAACAUAACACCGAACCCAAUGGAGGUUGGGAAGGUGCGCAUCGAGUACUUUCCGGUAACCGACGACUUGUACGGUUUUGAAUCGUUGGUUCGCAGAGCCUGGGAGAACAAGGUGAACCUCGCCAAGUUUCACUACCACGCGACUGUGCUCAACUACGGGCUGUGGGGCAUGCACCUCGGCAUCCAGUUCUCGUGCCAGAUUCCGGCCUUCUUCCGCAACAUCUUCCGGAGCCUCAUCUGCCGCCCGAAAGAGCUCCGGAACUCCGUUCUGCACCCCUUCGACUUCACCAUUCCGCCGGAACAAGUCCUGGGCAGCAAUAAGUGCUCCUGGCGAGACUUCGACCCGCCCGGAAACAGCGGAACCGGGGUGCACCUUCCGAGGGACACGUGUCUCGAGCGGUUUCCCGGGAGGCUGGUCUACCGGUCGGGGAGCGCGCGGUUUGAGUGGUCGCACGUGUGCGUUGGGAACCACACAAUCCCACGCAAUCUGUGUCAACUCGACAAAGGAAUAGAAACGAUGGUGGGGGAUGCGUUCAAAGGCUCGGCUUGGGACGCAGAGGUUCUGAUGCUGGACAUGUUUGACAUAAGCACAACGAGACCCGACAGAAGUCUCGACGGUUACCACUUCUUCCCCCGGAAGUGCUUGCCUGGGCAAAGCACGGAGAAGAGCUGCAACGAGUCCACGUGGAAUCCAGUGGUCACGCAGUGCUGCUUCAAGCCCAACUUCCCUCAAAUUGUGUCCAGCACAACGACCAAUAUGCUGAUUGGCCUCCUAUGGGACGACCCCUUGUUGAAAAAACGCUCAUAAAAGCAGGGCAGGAUAUAAAAUCAUUUCGCAAAGCUUUUCUAGCAUUUGGUUCGCGCUCUCAAAUCGUGAGAUGAGGAGCUCGCAAAUCCGAUAUAUCGCAUUGGCAAUUGUGUUUCGAACAGUCGAAGCUGUAUGCGAAAGAGCCCACCAGUAAGUGUUGACCGAGAGACCUCCGACUUGGGUUUCUCGUUGUAGUCGACAGAUCGACCUUGAGCGACAGUUUGAGUAGCGUGCAACCUUGUAGCAUGUCGUGAGCUAGUGAAGAAGACCAUUUCGCUUAAACUGCUAUGUAUAUUAGAAAUAUCCCUCUCGGAGACGCUACCUUUGCGAAGGCAAUGUGCUCGAAACAUGCUUA